GUUAUGAGUUCUCUGUCAUUCCCCUGUCUGACCGCAUUUAAGAAGGCAGGCAACCAGACAGCCUCAUUACUAUGGCUGCUGUGUCUGUUGAUCCCCAGAGGCCACUCCCAGUCCUCCUGGUCUCUGUUAGCCUGGGCAUCUAUGAGGAUGAACAUCAUAGAGUGUGGAUAGCUGUAAACGUGGAAACUUCUCAUUCAUCACAUGGCAACAGGAUUGAAACAUGUGUAACUGUGCACUUGCAGCAUAUGACCACACUCCCCCAGGAGCCUACUCCCCAGCAGCCCAUUAAUAACAACUCUCUCCCCACGAUGUGGAGAUUAGAGUCCAGGAACACAUACACGGGAACAGAUGGGACAUACUGGAGAUUACUGGAUCAUUCCCAGAUGGGCGACACAGUGCAACUGACCCUGGACAUAAUAAUAGGCGAGGAUGACUGAAUGAUGGGAGCUGCUGGGAAGGUUUGUCAGGGUCUUGAUAGCCUGGCUGGCUCCUGCCCCUGUGCCCUCGGGGUAGACUUUGCACCCAACCCUCUGCUUGUUCCUCAAGUUUCUAGUUCUACCACACCUCCUGCCAUGACUAGACCUGCUUUUUAGAUUAUCUACUUUCUGUGAGCCUUGCCUAUCUCUGUCCUGACCAUUCUCCCUAGCUGGAGACAAACUGCAUCUUCUCUUGCUCACUUUGUGCCUCUGACACUGACCUUAUAGAUGGCUUUUCUUAAGACCCCUCCUCCAUUCAAACUCCUCCACCUGGGCUUCUAGUGCCUUGUGUGGCAGGAGAUUUGUCCCCAUUUACCUUAGGAUGUAUACAGGUGCCUCUGGAGGAGGUACAGAUAGGGACUCUAUGCCCUGUGGGCCUCUGAGCCAUCACUGGCAAGAAGUUCGACUGGUGCUGGGUAGAGGACACUACGUGCUCAGUAGCUUGAAGGCACAGUGGGAGACUUACAGAGAAUAUCUGGAGUACUUGUCCAGGUGCUCAGUUCCUUGGCUCCAGGAAGUGAAUCUGACCCUAGGCCCCUCCCAACCCCAACUUGUUUUUAACUAAUUAAACUUUACUGUUUUUACUUAA